CUGCUGGAGGAGAACGACCAGCUGAUCCAGUGCAUCGCCGAGUACCAGAGCAAGGGCCGGGCCACCGACUGCGUGCAGUACCAGCAUAUCCUGCAUAGAAACCUGAUUUAUUUAGCUACAAUUGCCGAUGCGACACCCCCCAGCACGCAGAAGACUGUAGACUGA